AAAAUGGCAUAAAAUAAAACAACAAACUAGUCAGUAAUUUCCAGCGCUCACGUACAUUUCAGCGUUUGUUUGAUUUUCCAUUUUGUUCAUUUUUUGUUGAGCUUCAGAAAUUUGCGGGAAAGUUUAGUGAGAAGGCAUUUAUUUAGUUGUUCGGGCUUAAUUUUCUUCAUUUUAAGCUCGUGAUUCGCCACCUUCACUCCGCACCUCCAUCAUUUCUCAUGUUUUCCCGUUUUUAUACGAUUUCAAAUAGCCCGUUAGCUGAUGUUCAUUGCUGAUUGCCCGAUUCAGCCUUUUCGAUCUUCCAUCUUUUGAGAUUAUAUUCCCCGAGCUGAAUCCAUUUGCAUGAUCGCGACAAUUUGAUUUCCUGUAAGCUGUUUGUGUUCUUGGAUUUUGAGUGGUAACGGUGAUGCGAAUCUGAAAUCUUAUGCGACAGAAUGAGUUUUUUGAACGUGGGAAUCGGUUCGGACUUUGAAUGAGGCAGCAAUGUGGUGUUUAGCGGAGCAAUGGAAGAUAGAUCUGAGAGUAUACAGGUUAGGUGCGAUAAGCUCCCAGGUCCUGUAAUUCCGAGGACCCGUUUGCAGGUCUCGUUUGUUCGUAUCUGCUUCAGCAUUUUGGUUUGGACAUUUUUGAUCCAGAUCGUUGCAUUUGGGAAGCUAUGGCAUCCCCAUUUUAUAUCCAAUAUAGCCAAUCGGAUUUCGCAAGUGACUGGGAUUCCGCUCUCUCUUCACGUCGACGAGUCCAUCCAAUCGACGCCAUUUCUUCCAGCUAGAAACUAUUCAAGCAAUGGUUAUCUUCGAGUGUCCUGCAAUGGAGGCUUAAAUCAAAUGCGUGCUGCGAUCUGUGAUAUGGUGACUGUUGCUCGCCUUUUGAACUUGACAUUGGUUGUUCCAGAACUUGAUAAAGCAUCUUUUUGGGCAGACCCUAGUAAUUUUGAUGACGUAUUUAAUGUGAGCCAUUUUAUCGAGUCACUGAGAGAUGAAGUCCACAUUAUCAGAAGACUACCUAAAAAGUUCAAUAGGAAACAUGGAUUUACACAAUUUGCCAUGCCUCCUGUUAGCUGGUCAAAUGAAAAAUAUUAUUUAACACAGAUUCUUCCUCUCUUUAAGAAGCAUAAGGUGUUACAUUUUAAUAAAACAGAUGCACGCUUGGCAAACAACGGAAUCCCACUUUAUCUACAGAAACUCAGGUGUCGUGUCAAUUUCCAGGCACUGAAAUUCUCGCCCCAGAUUGAGACGCUGGGUUAUAAGUUAAUUCGUCUACUUCAAGAAAAGGGACCUAUUGUGGUCUUGCAUUUGAGAUACGAGAUGGAUAUGCUGGCCUUUUCGGGUUGUACACAUGGCUGUACAAAGGAAGAAGCUGAUGAGCUCAAACGGAUGAGAUAUGCAUUCCCUUGGUGGAGGGAGAAAGAGAUCUCGUCUGAAAAGAGGAGAUCACAAGGUCUGUGUCCUCUGACCCCAGAGGAAACAGCACUGACUUUACAGGCCAUGGGUUUUAACAAGGAGACGCAGAUAUAUAUUGCUGCUGGUGAGGUUUAUGGUAGUGAACGGAGACUUGCAGCUCUCAGGGAAGCCUUCCCACUGAUUGUGAAAAAGGAAACCUUGCUAUCCCCAAAAGAAUUGCAUCUAUUUCGGAAUCAUUCAUCGCAAAUGGCAGCUUUAGAUUUUAUGGUCUCUAUCGCCAGUAACACUUUCAUUCCUACCUAUGAUGGUAACAUGGCAAGACUUGUUGAAGGUCACCGCAGAUACCUGGGAUUUAAGAGAACAAUUACACUGGAUAGAAAAAAACUUGUGGAAUUACUGGAUAUGCAUCAGAAUGGCACACUUCCUUGGGAUGCCUUUGCAGCUGCUGUAAGAUCAGCUCACGAGCAAAGACAGGGACAACCAAUGCAACGAAGAGUAAAUCCAGACAAACCAAAGGAAGAACAUUACUUUUAUGCAAAUCCUCACGAAUGCUUCUGUGAGGGAACAAACUGCAACGGCUCACUAAGCCACAGUAACUCGAGCAAAGUACUUUGACUGCGACUGACCGAAUCAAGAACCAAACUUUCGUGGCGCCCCAGGGGAAAUUUUCCGCUUCAAUGUGGUGAGCAAACCUUCUCACUUUCAUUGGACAGUGCCCGGUUUUGUCGAUACUCAAGCCUGAAAGUUUUUAUACAAAGCAAUAUAAAUAAUAUCUUCAGAACUCUCCCUAGGACAUCCAAGCAUAUUUGUUCAUAAUUUAUAUGUUUGUAUUUAACUUGUAUCCUGCCAUAAAAUGUUAUCAUUUGUAUCAGAUGUGAGAUGUCAACAAUUUUUCCAGAUGUUAAUACAGCUGAUCGAGGUAUGAGCUUUAUGCUUGCUUCUAAACUCA